GAAGACGAUUCUAAGUUCAAAUGUCAAAGCGCGUCCUUGCCGCCGCGCAACGAUGCGCCAGCCAGUAUAAAUAGCAAGACCGACAACACAGAGGCAUCAGUCGCUCGAUUGCCUUUCAAUCACAAACAGUCCCAGGACAAAUCAAAAACCCUUCAAAAAUGAAAUCGUUCAUCGUAUUCGCCCUCUUCGUCGCCGCCGCCGUCGCCGCUCCCGCCAGCCCCGACGCGUCCGCCACCAUCCUCCGCUACGACAGCGACAACAUCGGAGUUGAGGGAUUCAACUAUGCUGUGGAGACCUCCAACGGUAUCCAAGCGCAGGAGCAGGGCCAGCUGAAGAACGCCGGCACUGAGAACGAGGCCAUCGAGGUCCGCGGCCAGUUCUCCUACCCCGGCCCCGACGGCGUCGUCUACACCGUCACCUACAUCGCCAACGAGAACGGAUUCCAGCCCCAGGGCGCUCACCUCCCCGUCGCUCCUUAAGUCAACUUCACUAAUUCCAACAUCUAGUCCAAAAAAUACUCAUCCUUAACCCUACUUCCUUCCUUUGUUAAUAAUAAUUAUCCACGCCAAGCGAUCUGUGAUAUGAUCCUGAACGAAUUUGUUAAUAAACAAUUUAUGUUAGUAAUUUAUCAAA